ACAGACCGUUACAGUAACAGGGUGAAGAUGUGGAGCAGUGCCAGUAACCUGAGAGGGGGGUGUGAGCGCGUGAGUGAUGAUAUCACCACCUAUAAAGCAGGUGAAGCACGCCACUUCCUGCAGUCUGCAGCCGAACUCAGACCUCGACGCAGCCUGCUCGCUCCUCAUCCAGAAGAAAUGGAAGUAUUCGCUCAGCUGAUCGUUCUGCUCUCUGCAGCUGCUGCAGCGACUUUGAAUUGUAGCAUCACAAAGUCCCACGGCGGUUCAUUCAGGUACCAGAUCGCAGAGAAACCCAACUCCCUUAAAUGCACCACGUCCUGGGAAGACAGAAAUGGGACCGUCAUUGUUGACAUUCGCAGAAAUUCUGACAUUGGCCUGGUGGUGAACCACACCCUUCACUCGGUGGAUCUAAAAGGCUGCAAAGACUUCCUUCUGUACAAGCGCGAAUGUGAUGGGGUUCAGGUGGAGGUUUCCUGCUCAGUGAACUGCAGUCUUUUUGUGGUCAAGAGUCACCCGCCUUCCAGGGUGUGUCUUUCUUCAAACGUCUGCACUGAUACCACGACUUUUGGCGUUUCUGCUGCUGCCGUCUUCACCGUUCUGCUGCUCCUCCUGCUCCUCGUGUGGCUGGUCAGGAAAUGGAGAACAGGAGGCUGCAGAUGUGGACAAGGGAUUUACGCUCCUCCAUCCAAACAGGAAGAGGCUCAGAUUGAAAUGGAGGCAAAAGAAACAAUCAAAACACCUCAGUGACUGAAACCUGUAAAAAAUGACUGUUUUAUAUACAUAUAUAUAUAUUUGAACAAAACGUAAUGUGAAGAAGAGGAACAUGGAACCUGUGGAGUCUGAGCUUUCCAGGAGAAACCAUCAUCCUCUAGGAUGAAGGGAUUCUUGAGCGUUGACUCAUCACCAGAAGAGACUGAUGGAACAUGCAGUGACGCCGUCUGAAACCUACACUGUGAUAGAAAAAGGGUCUCUUGCAACAAAUGCAUACCGUUUUAUUACUGUUUGUAAUUUUGUGCAUAGCAACAAGACUGUUUAGAAAACUGCUGAGUCAGCUUUGAUGGUUAGCUGCAUUUGAACUGUUGUUAAAUCCCAGAUUGUGUCACCCUUUAUCAGUAAACCACACCCUCCCUUUACUGAUCCACAGCACGUUCAUGCGAAGGUCUUCCUCAUUUUCACAGGUUCUAGUGUUUUUGAGGGCUCCUACAUUCCUAUGUGUUACUUCUAAACCAUGAGAUAAACUAAAAGUUUUAGUAUUUUUCAACUAAGCUGUUUUUUUAAAAAUAAAUAUAUGCUAUUUUUUUCCUAUUCUGUCUUUUUUCUUUUUUUACAUGUCAGCAUUUUGCACAAAUGAUGACUCAAUCCAGCAUGACUCAGGAUGUUUGGUACUUUCACUUUGUGCUGAAUAAAAAUUCCCCACAUUUCUAAGUCAUGACGUUUUUAUUAUUUAUUAUCUUUUUUGACAAAGCAUUGAAACUAUUGCCUGACAGGACUCACAUGAGGAUAGAAUCACCUUGAAUCAGAUCGCAUUACAGGUGUUAUUUCUUGAAUAACUAUCAAACCCUCCAGACUCUUCAGAUUAUUGCAGAACUUCUGUUUUUUGGUAACACUUUAUAAUCAUAUUCCUUGAUAAGCUUUAUUAACACAUUAACAAGCAUUAUUAAUGAGAUUAUAUGAUAUUUAUUAGACAUUAAUUAGCACAGUAAGCUAAAUGAGGUUUAUUAACAUACAUAGUAAGACUUAUUAACAUCUAAGGAAAACUAUUGUCUACAAAGACCAUAUUAAUAAACUAUUUAGAA